GCAUACAAGCGUUAUAUAAGUCUAAUUAUUAUUAUUAUUAUUACUAUUACAUAUGAGCAUAACGUUAAAACUCGUGUCUGGUAUCCAAAAGUCAUUGGAUGUUCCUGACUUGGGAAUCACAGUGGCGGAAUUCAAGAAGCUUGCUGAGGUGGCUAUAGAAAUUCCGGCCGAUGAGCAACGGGUGGUACUUCGAGGGAAGGUUUUAAAGGAUGAAGAUAUUUUAUCGGUCGUUGGGAUGGAGCAUGGUAAUGCUGUUCACAUUGUUCGAAGCAAAAAAAAGGAAUCUUCCUCAUCCACCACACAACCAACCCAACCGGUUCAAACACAAAGUGGAUCCACUACUGCACAAGGUGGCACACCAAGCAACAGCAAUAAUCCCUCUGAUUACUCUUCUAACCCGUACGCUGCACUAUUUGGCAGCUACGGAGCUGCACAACAACCACUCAGAGGAGCCGAUAGUGCAUCUAAUUCGAAUCCAAAUCCGUGGGCCUCUGCAGCGGGCUGGGACCAACAACCCCUCAACGAUGCUUUACAAAUGCUUCAGAAUCCUAUGGGUAUGCAGCUUAUUCAGGAAGCCAUGAGGAAUCCCGCCCUUAUCCAACAGAUGAUGCAGUUCAAUCCGAUGUUUUCAAAUAUGCCACCCGAAGUCCAGCAACAAACCUUACAGAUGAUAACUAAUCCAGAAAUAAUGAGGCAGAUGAUGUCCAUGUAUGCUGGGAUGAGCAACGUGAAUGCAACACCUGCAAGUAAUCCUAACUUUGGCGGUGUGGGAAACACCAGUAGUAUUCCUCAGGGUGUUCCAGGCGGAUACCCCCUUCCCAACAUAUUUUCUCCCCCACAACCCCAAGGGGACCCACGUGUUAUCUAUCGGGAGCAACUACAGCAACUUAGAGAGAUGGGUUUCCCAAACGAAGACGCAAAUAUUGCUGCACUCCAGCAAUCACAGGGGAAUGUUUCUUUCGCAAUUGAGCGUCUAUUUAAUGUUUAAAGCUAACUCACAUAAAACCUAAAAGUAUACGCGAAUAUAGAACAGUAGUAUCACUAAGUUUUUUUGUCACGUUGAUAAUUGGUAGUAUGUGUCCACAAGGUUUUGUGUAUUUUUUUUCUAUUAAACCCCAGUCUAAAUGUG